CAUCUCUGUCGAGUUCCUAUUCCAUUUCUGUGGAGACCUGCGGUUUUGAAAAGGUUCAAGUCUUGGGGAACUGAAGGGAUAGGACCUAAAAACUUGCCUAAAAAGUAAAAAUGUGUGUGUGUGUGUGUAUGCUCUGUUUGUAUGAUUCCAGGAUUUGUAAUCAGAUGCCGUGUUGCACCGCAAGCAUUUCGGCCUAAAAGGCUGAGGGCAUUCCCCCGGCCCUGAACACCCACACUUAACACCCCAUAUCUCCCGAAACCUCACACUUUUAUCUGUUGACAAAAUUAAACAUGCAAAAAAGGGGUCGAGGAAAUGCGCCGCCAGUGAGCUCUUAUCAGCGUUGAUCCAGCCGCUCAGUUUCUCUCUCGCGCUUUCAACGGUGACGAUGCAACGAUAUAAAAAUGGUGCUCGGUGGGCAGUUGGGGCAUACGAUCCUCCGGAUGACUACCGCUGAACUUCUGCUCUUCUGAUUCGUUGUUCUUUUGUAGAGCGUCACUUCCAAAAUGCGGGAGACCUCGUCACUGUGGUUGUGUGGACUUCUCUUCGCCGGCCUCACACACGGACUAAACCACUUCCCAGAAAGCUACGUGGUGGCGAAGAGGAACGACUUGAAUCCGGUCACACUGACCUGCCGCUCGGAGGAGGCCCCCGGAGCCGUCACGUGGAAGUUUCGCGGCGAGGCGCCGGAGGACGUCCGGCAGAUCGGCCCAGACCUGUCCGUGUCAGAGGUGGACACGCCCAUGCUGGGAGAAUACAGCUGCUGGAGGGGAACUCAGAUGUUAUCGUCCACCUACCUGCUGCUGGAGGCUGAGGAGGAAGAAGAGUCGGACUCUCUCUCCAUCAGUUGUCGGGCAAAGUCUUACGACUGUCACUUCAGCUGCGACUGGACCCACAGUGGACAAACAGCGGUGCGCCUUGGACUGGGCCAUGACUGCAGUGAAGGCAGGAAGUCGUGUCACUGGGUCAACGGCGAUCAGCUCGUGGACGGGAGAUUCCAUUUCCAGCUGUCCCAUUCGCUCUCGCCCUACUCCGAGGAAAGUGCCAUGCUGGAACUCACCGCCGAGGCCAUCGUUGACCUCUCCGUCGCCAGGACGACCAGGAGAUUUUACCUCAGGAACAUCGUUCAACCCGAUAGCCCCCAGAUUGUGAGGUGUCAGGAAGGGAAAGAGAACCUGAGCGUGACCAUUGAACCACCGUCCAGCUGGUCUACCCCUCACAGCUUCUUCAGCCUGGAGCACGAGAUCGAAUACGUGUUGAAGGACAAUGGAGAGACUGGACGUUCCUCAUCCGUCCUGCUGCCAAAAGGGAUCAGCAAGCUACGGGUUCGCUCCAGAGACUCGCUGGUGCUCUCGACCUGGAGUCAGUGGACCCCCUGGAAAAAAGUGACAACAGGGAAAAAGAACCUAUGCAAAUGCAAAAACACAGCAAAAUCUUGCUGCCCAGAGUUGCCGCACUUGGACAACUGCAAGAAGAGACGGAAGAAAAAGAGGAACAGAGGUGCCGGGCAGAGCCAGGCAUCUUAAAGAGAAGAUGCUGGAUGAGAACAUGCACUGCAACUGGGAUCCUGCUGGUGGACAAACUGAUUUUAUCUUAGAUCUUAGUGGACACAUAUUUUUGAGUGUAUUUAUAAGUAAUUAAAUUGUAUUUGUCAAACAAUUCAACAUUGGGGAUGGUGCAACACAUGAAGCCGUGCAAUAAAUAUAUAUGUUC